AUGGAGACGAUGAGUUUUCCGAAGUCGCUCAGCGUACCACCGAGGAGGAACUUUGCGUUUAGGAAUUGGGCUGGUAUUUACUCGUCUAGAGCUCAGUUGUACUUCCAACCAACCUCUGUGCAAGAGGUUGUUGAGAUUGUCAAUGAGGCAAGGAGGCAGAAGAAAACGGUAGUUACUAUAGGGUCCGGUCACUCGCCAAGCGAUAUGUGCAUGACCAAAGAGUGGCUUGUGAACUUGGACAAACUUAAUCAGGUUCACGAAUUCAAAGAGUUUCCAGAAGAUCACUAUGCCGAUGUUACUGUUGACGCUGGUAUGAGAGUCUACCAGUUAAGCGAGUUGGUCGGAGCUCGGGGUUAUGCUAUCCAAAAUCUCGGAUCUAUCUCUGAGCAGAGCGUUGCCGGUAUCAUUUCUACCGGUACGCACGGUUCGUCGCCUUACCAUGGAUUAGUGUCUUCUCAGUACGUUAAUCUGACAAUUGUGAACGGUAAGGGCGAGGUUGUCUUCCUCGACGCGGAAAACGAGCCAGAGAUCUUUAGGGCGGCGAUGCUUUCGCUCGGAAAGAUCGGUAUCAUUGUCCGUGCUACCAUACGUGUUGUUCCCGCGUUCCAUAUCAAAUCUACGCAGGAGGUUAUAGAUUUUGACACUGUUCUCUCCAGAUGGAACUCGCUAUGGACGUCGUCUGAGUUCAUCAGGGUUUGGUGGUAUCCCUACUCUCGUAAAUGCAUCCUCUGGAGAGGUGUUAAGACUGAGGAUCCGCUCACGGCUCCAAGACGUUCUUGGUGGGGCACCUCGAUGGGCAGACUCUUCUACGAGUCGCUGCUUUGGUUUACGGUGAAAGUUUAUCCACCACUAACGCCAGUGGUUGAAAGGUUCGUGUUCCGCAUGCAAUAUGGUGAUGUUCAACUUGGCGGCGGUGACAUUGAAGUGGCAAACUCCAUUGACAGUCUAAACAUGGACUGCCUGUUCUCUCAAUUUGUCGACGAAUGGGCAUGUCCUUUGGAGAAUGGUUUGGAAGUGCUGCGUUCUUUAGACCAUUUCGUUGGACAGGCUGCUCAGAACAAGGACUACUACGUGCAUGUUCCUGUGGAAAUUCGCUGCUCAAACACAACGCUGCCACCUCAGGUUCUAGACACCAAGGACAGAACCUCGGUGAGCCCCGGUCCAGUGUACGGUAACGUCUUGCGUCCGUACUUGGACAAUACUCCUCGCAGAGAAUACGAGCCGCUCGCCGACGUGACCAACAGCCAAUUGACUCUAUACAUCAACGCCACCAUGUACAGACCAUUCAGAUCCAACACUCCCAUCCGCAAAUGGUACACCAUAUUCGAAGAAACUAUGGCAGCUGCUGGAGGUAAGCCCCAUUGGGCCAAGAACUUUUUAGGCUCUACCUCCCUCGUGCCUCAUCCAGAGAAGAAGGAGUCUGACUAUGCCGACCACGAGAUGAGAGGAAUGGCCAAGAGAUUCCAAGAGUGCUACGGCGACGACUUGAGGGCCUUCCGGAAGGUCAGAAGGGAACAAGAUCCUGAAAAUGUGUUCGUUUCCAACAGAGAAUGGAGUCUGCGUAAUGGUAUUGUUGAAGCAGAAGAGUUAGAUUGA